AUGAGGGUGCUCUGUGCCUUCCCUGAAGCCAUGCCCUCCAGCAACUCCCGCCCCCCUGCGUGCCUAGCCCCGGUGGCUCUCUUCUUGGCUCUGUUGCUCCAUCUCUCCCUUUCCUCCCAAGUUGGAGACAGGAGACCCUUGCCUGUAGACAGAGCUCCAGGUUUGAAGGAAAAGACUCUGAUUCUACUUGAUGUGAGCACCAAGAACCCAGUCAGGACAGUCAAUGAGAACUUCCUCUCUCUGCAGCUGGAUCCCUCCAUCAUUCAUGAUGGCUGGCUCGAUUUCUUAAGCUCCAAGCGUCUGGUGACCCUGGCUCGGGGACUUUCGCCCGCCUUUCUGCGCUUCGGGGGCAAAAGGACCGACUUCCUGCAGUUCCAGAACCUGAGGAACCCGGCGAAAAGCCGCGGGGGCCCCGGUCCGGAUUACUAUCUCAAAAACUAUGAGGAUGACAUUGUUCGAAGUGAUGUUGCCCUGGAUAAACAGAAAGGCUGCAAGAUUGCUCAGCACCCUGAUGUUAUGCUGGAGCUCCAACGGGAGAAGGCAGCUCAGAUGCAUCUUGUUCUUCUAAAGGAGCAAUUCUCUAAUACUUACAGUAAUCUCAUAUUAACAGCCAGGUCUCUAGACAAACUUUAUAAUUUUGCUGAUUGCUCUGGACUCCACCUGAUAUUUGCUCUAAAUGCACUGCGUCGUAAUCCCAAUAACUCCUGGAACAGUUCUAGUGCCCUGAGUCUGUUGAAGUACAGUGCCAGCAAAAAGUACAACAUUUCUUGGGAACUGGGAAAUGAGCCAAAUAACUAUCGAACCAUGCAUGGCCGGGCGGUAAAUGGCAGCCAGUUGGGAAAGGAUUACAUCCAGCUGAAGAGCCUGUUGCAACCCAUCCGGAUUUACUCCAGAGCCAGCUUGUAUGGCCCUAAUAUUGGGAGACCCAGGAAGAACGUCAUCGCCCUCCUAGAUGGAUUCAUGAAGGUGGCAGGAAGCACAGUGGAUGCAGUUACCUGGCAACAUUGCUACAUUGAUGGCCGGGUGGUCAAGGUGAUGGACUUCCUGAAAACUCGCCUGUUAGACACACUCUCUGACCAGAUUAGGAAAAUUCAGAAAGUGGUUAAUACAUAUACCCCAGGAAAGAAGAUUUGGCUUGAAGGUGUGGUGACCACCUCAGCUGGAGGCACAAACAAUCUAUCAGAUUCCUAUGCUGCAGGAUUCUUAUGGUUGAACACUUUGGGAAUGCUGGCCAAUCAGGGCAUUGAUGUUGUGAUACGACACUCAUUUUUUGACCAUGGAUACAAUCACCUCGUGGACCAGAAUUUCAACCCAUUACCAGACUACUGGCUCUCUCUCCUUUACAAGCGCCUGAUCGGCCCCAAAGUCUUGGCUGUGCAUGUGGCUGGGCUCCAACGGAAGCCACGGCCAGGCCGAGUGAUCCGGGACAAACUAAGGAUUUAUGCACACUGCACAAACCACCACAACCACAACUAUGUUCGAGGGUCCAUUACACUUUUUAUCAUCAACCUGCACCGAUCAAGAAAGAAAAUCAAACUGGCUGGGACUCUCAGGGAUAAGCUCGUGCACCAGUAUCUGCUGCAGCCCUAUGGACAGGAGGGCCUCAAGUCCAAGUCAGUGCAGCUGAACGGCCAGCCCUUAGUGAUGGUGGAUGAUGGGACCCUCCCUGAACUGAAGCCCCGCCCCCUGCGGGCCGGCCGGACAUUGGUCAUCCCUCCAGUCACCAUGGGCUUUUAUGUGGUCAAGAAUGUCAACGCUUUGGCCUGUCGCUACCGAUAAACCACCCUCACACCCACAAGUCACCAGCAGGCCUGCUGGACUGCUUUUCACUCUCCUGCCCUAAUAGUAUCCUGAUUUUUCAGACAUCUUCUUAGCAACAAACCAGUCUCUGCUGCCCCAUCCUGCUGGAAUCAGCACAGACUUGCUCUCCAAAGAGACAAAUGCCAUAGCAUGAGCUUCACCUAGGUAGGCCACAUCCAGCCCAAAGGAAAAUGUAGACAUCACGUGUAGCUAUAUAAGGAUGAAGGUAUGUCUGUAGAGCUGUCUGUAUCCCUGUGCACGCACCAUGAAAAGAAGCUGGUGGCGCACUCCCAGGACAGAUGAAAGAGCUCUCCAUGAUCCGGGUCACGGAGCAAUGUCACCAUGGACCUUAACCUGUGACCGCUGCCCUCGGCACAGGAUGAGGAAGGAAACCACCAGGUGGGCCUUCAGGAGCCCAGGCCUCUUCUAACUCCUCUCCUUGUCCAUUCCCCGCUGUUGCCCCGGGUUUCCUAUCACCUCUCUUCUCCCUGGGGAGCAAGUGAGUGGGUCAGCACCGGCCCGCUGGGUGAGCUGUUUAUGUCGUUUCCCAGCUGAUGUAUGAGUGUGUGCGUCUGGGUUUCUGACAGUGGCAUCGAUCACCGGCUAUUCCUCUGGGAAACGGGGGCUUCCAAGUAAAAUUGCAAUCAUACUCAGAUUUUGUAAGAGGGUUCUAUUCCUCUGUGAAUCCAGAGUCCCCCUGGGUUGAAAUGGGAGUCAGGUAACAAUAUUCAUGGAGUG